GAUGUCGUGUUUGUUCGUCCGAAGUCUAUUUUUUACUUGGUUAGAACAAUUUCCUUGUUACUUGUCAUUCUCAGACAUGGACUCCACAGCCAACUUUGUCAUCGUGCCCGUCGCACUGGGGAUGCAGGGAAUGGAGCGGACCAGUCUUCAUCUCUACAUCUGGGCAGACAUCUACUGCCAGCAGCAACCCGGGACACCCCAGGGAGCCCAAGCCCUCUACGGGCAGAGCUGCUGGGUCGUCGCCUACGCCGACCCUGUGGCCGCUGCAGCGCUGGCCACCCUGCCGGUCUUCGGCCCGUACCAGUACCUAGACGCCCACGCCGCCAUCGCCGCCGUCGUCAGGUUGGAGACCAUGGCCAUCCUUGCCGCAUCGACGUAUUUAAAUAUGCAAGUCGAUGACGGCAACGCAACGGGCAUGCAGACAAGACUGAAAACGGAAGCCCCGGUUUCAGACUGCCGGCCCACAGCAGCAGCAGCGGCGGCGGCGGCGAUGACGCAGUGGCCAACACAAGCUGCGCGGGCAUGGAAAAAUCAUCGGGCCUAUUGGGAAACGAAGCUAGGAAUGCCACUGGAACCGGAAGUAGGGAACAGCAAGAGUCGUGCGGUGUCGGUGGAAUUGUUUGGAGCAGACGGGAUGUGUUACAAAGACACGCCAACGAACACACCCGCGACACAGCCCAUAUUUUCAAAGCAUGUGAUCAAUCGUCUGUGA